CUUCCGCCCUUCCUAGCUGCCCAGCCACGAGUGGCCAUGCUGCCCACACCCAAUGGCAGUGGGCCGAGCCCGGAGUUUGAAGGCCAUUGGCCAAAGGCCUCGGAGAGGUCCCCGUGUGUGGCCGGUGUUAUCCCUACCAUCUACUACAGCAUCCUCCUGAGCCUGGGGCUGCCUGUCAACCUCCUGACCACAGUGGCCCUGGCCCGCCUCGCCGCCAGGACCCGGAAGCCGGUGUACUACUACCUGCUGGCGCUCACGGCCUCGGACAUCGUCACCCAGGUGGUCAUCGUGUUCGUGGGCUUUCUCCUGCAGGGCGCCGUGCUGGCCCGGGAUCUGCCCCGCUCCGUGGCGCACACCGUGAACAUACUCGAGUUUGCCGCCAUCCACGCCUCGGUCUGGAUCGCCGUGCUGCUCACAUUCGACCGGUACAGCGCCCUGUGCCACCCCCUGCACCACCGGGCGGCCUCCUCCCCGGGCCGGGCCCGCCGGGACAUCUCCAUCGUCCUGGGUGCCGCCCUGCUGACGGGCAUCCCCUUCUACUGGUGGCUGGACGUGUGGAGGGACCCGGGCCCCCCCAGCACGCUGGACGAGGCCCUCAAACAGCAGGGGGCGCUGCAGGAUGGGCAGAUGGACCGGGAGCCGGCUUUAUGGGAAGAUCCAAGUUACUGCAAAGAAACUCUGCCCUGGGGCCCGCGGCCAGCGGCCAGCGAGGAGCAGCCGGGUGGGAGGGCUCAGCUGUUCCCCCUGUCACCCUCCUCCACCCGAAGCCACGAGGCCGCGUCCAUCUGCCAGGCUGCAGCUGCAGUUUGCAGAUCAUGCUGGCGGUUGGAAAGGUUUCCCAGCGAGCGUGGCACAGUGUGA